AUGAAAUUGAAACUGCUGGUAUAUUACAUGUGCAAUACCGGGAUCUGCAGUGUUACAUUGUAUCUAUCAUACUAUAUCAAAAUGGCCACAGUGGUACAGAACCCCCUGAAAUCGCAAUCUGGAGGAACAGUUAUUAAGAACAGUCUGGGAGAGGAGUUCUACAGAGAGGCCAUCGAGCACUGCCGCAGCUACAAUGCCCGCCUGUGUGCCGAGCGCUCCAUGCGCCUGCCCUUCCUGGACUCCCAGACCGGCGUGGCACAGAGCAACUGCUACAUCUGGAUGGAGAAGAACCACCGCGGCCCAGGUUUGGCCCCAGGACAGUUGUAUACUUACCCUGCCCGCUGCUGGCGCAAGAAGAGACGACUAAACAUUCUGGAGGACCCACGCCUCGGACCCAUUGAGUUUAAGAUCGACUACGAGGCGUCUCUGAAGAAGGAGGGGGGCUUGCCGGAGGGGCCGGUGUUGGAAUCACUGCUCAGUGGAGAGACUCUGGACAAGAAGGUGGAGACCAAGGAAGAGGAACCUAUGAGCGAGUGCCAGAAGCUGCUGGUUGGUGAUUUCCCCCAUGAACUGGAAGCGGAGGAUAUGGAAGAGGACGUCCCCAAACGCAAGAACCGCAAGAACCGCGAAGGACGGGCCUGUGGUGUAGGGGGUAUGAGGAAGAGACAAGAACCUAGCACCAUUGAGGACAGGGACAAGCCGUACGUCUGUGACAUCUGUGGGAAGCGCUAUAAGAACCGCCCGGGCCUGAGCUACCACUACACCCACACACACCUAGCGGACGAGGAGGGAGAGGAGGACUCUGAGCGCCACACCCUGCCCUUCCAGCGCAAGAACAACCACAAGCCUAAGAAAGCUGCAGACGGGUCAGUCAUCCCUAACGGCUACUGUGACUUCUGCCUGGGUGGCUCCAAGAAGACUGGGUGUCCCGAGGACCUCAUCUCCUGUGCCGACUGUGGACGCUCAGGUCACCCGUCCUGCCUGCAGUUCACAGUCAACAUGACGGCAGCAGUGCGGACCUACCGCUGGCAGUGCAUUGAGUGCAAAUCCUGCAGCUUAUGUGGCACCUCCGAGAAUGACGAUCAGUUACUAUUCUGUGAUGAUUGUGACAGAGGCUACCAUAUGUACUGCCUGAGCCCCCCUAUGGCGGAGCCCCCAGAGGGGAGCUGGAGUUGCCAUCUGUGUCUGCGGCAGCUAAAAGAGAAGGCCUCAGCCUACAUCACCCUGACCUAAUCUGCCACUGCCACGCUACACCGCCAACCCGCACCCACGUAUGCC